AUGUCCAAUGAUGGGAGUAAAAAGAAAGGGAAAGCACCAGGUGACAAAAAAUCUUUGAAAAAGAAAGGGAAGAGAAGAGAGACAUAUGCUGUGUAUAUUUAUAAGGUGUUAAAACAGGUGCACCCGGACACGGGGAUCUCAAGCAGAGCUAUGAGCAUCAUGAACUCGUUUGUGAAUGAUGUGUUCGAGCGCAUUGCCACCGAGGCGUCCAGACUGACCCAGUACAACAAACGCUCAACCAUCACGAGCCGGGAGGUGCAGACCGCCGUGCGCCUGCUGCUUCCAGGGGAACUCGCCAAGCACGCCGUGUCUGAGGGCACCAAAGCAGUGACUAAGUACACGAGCUCCAAGUGA